GGGUCCUGAGAAGGUGUUCUACCGCUGAUGCCCCUCCUAACACACUGUGAAGCUGCAGCCUGCAGCAGUCUGUGGGCAGCCAGCCGCUGCAGUCCGGCGUCUCGGAUCAGCCGACAGCCUCUCCUUCACUCCGGCCACAAGUGACAGUGACAAGCCUCGAGUACCUCCUUUAGUUCCUCCGGCUUCACUCGUUUUGGUUCGGAUAACGGAGACGACGGCUUUACGCUCCGGGCAGACGGAAAGGACUUUCGGUAGAAACGGUGCCAGUGCUCGCGCUCGGUGCUCGCGUUGUUUUGGGUUCGCGUCGCGCGCUGCAUGGACGCGGCGGGACGAUGAGACUUGAAACCGUUUUUAAACUUCUCCCGUGCGUUGUGUUUUUACUUCCUAACGCGAUGCACGCUCAAACAGUGCCCCCUCCAGAGUGUGCAUCGGGCGGCCACUCCAUCCUCCAGGACCCCUACCGCAGCACUACCUUCAGCUCCAGCUGGUUGCAGCAGUCGGCCCUGCAGGACUUCAUCUGUGACCACUCCCUCACUCCUGGGUGGUACCAGUUUCAGAUCUUUGACAAGCCGGCCAGCAUGCCCACCCAGUGUGUGGAGGUGAACCACUGUGGGACUCAGGCUCCUGUGUGGCUGUCCCUGGGUGAGGGGGAGUCCCUGCCGGGGCCCCAGGAGGUGAGGCAGCUGACGGCCUGCGCUGCCUGGCAGCUCUUCCCCGGCAACAGCAAAGACUGCUGCAUGUUCCGCAUCCCGGUCACCGUUCGCAACUGUGGAGACUUCUACGUUUACCUGCUGCAGCCUACGCAGGGAUGCAUGGGAUACUGUGCUCAGGAGAUGUUGGACAUUUUGCCCACAACGUCGCUGAGCUGCGGCCCUGACGAGGUGAACGUCGAUGGAACAUGUAACACAAAGCAGCCUCCCAUUCCACCUGCACCAGUGAUUGUCUCAGAGGUGACAGGAAAGUCCAUCUACCUGAAGUGCAGCUUUGGGAGCAGCUCCAACAGCUCUCUGGGUUACGUGGUGGCUUGGUCCCGCCUCUCACCUGAGGGCAGGAAGGAGGAGCUCAAACAGGAGACCACCAUCCAGACCACCGCCUUUAUCGAGCUGGACGGCUUCAACCUCCGUCUGGGGGACAAGAUUUACUGCUCCAGCGUCAGUUUCUUCCUGGACUCGCCCGACGUCCGUAGCGCUUCAGUGGAAAGUCAGGAGUUCUUUGCUGGGAUUAUGCUAAGGCCAGAGGUAAGCAGUGUGUCUGAGGACGGGAGGCUGUAUGAGCUGGUGGUUGAGAGCACAGUUCCUGUCCCAUGUCUGGAAGAGUCCUCCUCCUCCUCUACAGAGCAGUGCACUCUGUCUCUGCAGCUCAGCACAAGCAGUAAAGGUGAUGGUUUGUUGGGUGCAGAUCUGUCUCUGUCCUCCUGUGUGGUGGAUCUGUCCCGGGGCCCCUGUAGGAACGGGGUUUGUAGUCGAGCUCUGAUCCACUUCAGCCCCGUCACAGACUUUGUCAAAGAUGGCAACAGGACGACUCAGAUAUCUGUUAAAGCCAUUGUCACACAGAAUUUUCUCUGGAGCGGAUACUCACCAGAACCUGUUGAGAUAACAGUGAAGGAUGUUCCCUCAGCCUACUGCUACUCCUUCACUGAUCCUCACAUGAUCACAUUUGAUGGCAGGUACUAUGAGAACUUCCAAGUUGGCACCUUUGUUCUCUAUAAGAGCAUUUUGAGGCCAUUUGAGGUCCAUGUUCGUCAGUGGGAGUGCGGCAGCGUGCUGCACGCCGCCUCGUGCGUGUGCGGCUUCGUGGUGAGGGACAGCGGCCACGUCGUCGCUUUUGACAUGUGCAACGGAGAAAUGGGGGAGACCAAACCUCACCUGUCCGUAAAGAACAGAGACUUGAGCAAGAGCGGCAUUCGCAUCACAGAGUCCUACCAGGGACGCAAAGUCACGAUGACCUUCUCGUCCGGAGCCUUUGUUCGUGCAGACGUGUCGGACUGGGGAAUGAGUCUGACACUGAGAGCUCCCAGUUCAGACCGGAGCCACACUGAGGGCCUGUGUGGGACCUACGACGGACGGUCAGACAACGACUUCCACUCAGCGGGGGGCGCCGUACUGGAGCACCUGCACGCUUUUAUCUCUGAAUGGAGGCUCCCUCCAGGCAGCAGCCUGUUUGACACAGUGCCAUCCCACCUGAGUACCUUGAGACCCCGCAAGUACUGUAACUGUCAGGCAGAGCCCCGCCUCACAUCUCCCAGAGCCCGAUCUCAGCCAGUCACAUCCUCCGACCCCACCUGCUCUCAUCAUGGCUACGUGCACCUCCCCAGUGUCAUCCCCACUCUGGACGUCACAGCUGAGUACAUCGGCUCGAUGGAGCUACUCAGAGGUGAAGGAGGCGACAGACAGCCGCUGCCUCCGGGUCACUCCAGCCAACACACCCGGGAUCAAGGUAGUGAUGCGGAGUUAAGUGAAAGAAGCUUCUCCUUGAGCGCUUCCAGCGAUGGAGCUUCAACCUCAGCUCACCGCAGAGGCAGGCGGCAGAAAAACCAUUACAUUUCUAACUCUCCGCACCAAAGCCUCAGCCAGUCUGAUCUGGAGGGCUUCACCUACUUUUUCCCAGAGGACCACGAAGCAGCAGUUCAAUUAGAUUCCUCCCUAACAUGGCCCACACAUUCUGGCUUGACCGAGCAGCAGGCCAGGACUCAGUGUCAGCAGGCUGUGGCGGGCUCCAGCAUAGCGUUAAGUUGUGCGCGCCUGUUAGAAGAGUCAAUAAUUAGCCGCGUGAUGGCUAUGUGCGUUACCGACCUACAGCUGAAGGAUGAGCAGUCGUGGCUGAAUGCAACUUUACCGCUGCUGGAAAAUGAGUGUGAGAGGAGGCUAAUGGAGGAGAAGAGGAGAGAAGAAGAGUACAAGGAUGUUCUGGCUGUCCUCAAAUGUCCCAAUCUGUGCAACGGGAACGGCCAGUGCUCAGAGUGGGGUUGUGUCUGCUUCCCAGGAUUUGGGUCAUACGACUGCAGUGUGCUGUCUGACCAGAUCCCAGAGAUCGCUGCGCUGGAGACGGAGGGUCUGUGUGAUGUCCGACAGCGAGACUGCUCCACCGUCCAGGUCUACGGUCAAGGCUUCAAGAACUCCUACGAGCUCAAGUGUGAGUUUGUUAAAGAAAAGUUUGACGAUGGGGAGUGGGUUCUGGACGAGCCCCAGUUUGUCUUGGCCAUCUUUCUGGAUGUAACGUCUCUGGAGUGCCAGCUCCCCCUGGAGGACAGCCGCUGGGCACCUGCAGGCCUGGACCUGGAGCAGAUGACAGACAGACCCCUGGCCCGCUGGCAGAUCAAAGUUUCCAAUGACGGCUACAGCUACAGUAACGCCAAGAUACUGACUGUGUAUGAUGGAGCCUGCCAGAUCUGCAGCCUCAACGCUGAAGUCCUCUGUACCCUGAGGGAGAAAACCUGCAACAUUGAUGGCCAAUGUUACAGGGAGGGGGAGUCCAAUCCCAGCAGCCCCUGCCUCACAUGCCGCCCGGACUCGUCCAAACACACUUGGUCCAUAGCGGAGAAGAACGAGCCUCCGGUGCUCCAGUCCUUGCCGUUUCAUCUCUGGUCGUUCCAGGGGGAGAAUUUAAUCUACCAGCUACAGGCUCAGGACCCUGAGGGCUCAGCGGUGCACUUCACCCUGGAAUCAGGUCCUGAAGGUGCAUCUCUGUCUCCGGCCGGCCUGCUGAUGUGGAAGACUGAAACCACAGACACACACACUUUCCAGUUUAGUGUGACGGACGACUGUAUCGCUGAGACCAGAGCCUCCAUACAGGUGUCUGUGCGCUCCUGUGAAUGUCUGAACGGAGCCUCCUGUGAAACCAACGGCAAGCUCCCUGCUGGCACUGGGGAAUACUUGUGUGUGUGUCUCCCUGGAUUUAAAGGAGAAAGGUGUGAGGUGGACAUUGAUGACUGUAAGCCUAACCCCUGCCGACUGGGCCGCUGUAUUGACGAACCCAACUCCUUCUCCUGUAUCUGCCCACCUGGAAUGACAGGCCGUACAUGUAGAGAAGAUAUAGAUGAGUGCGUCUCUCAGCCCUGUUUCCCCGGAGUGGGCUGUAACAACUCGCUGGGCUCCUUCAUCUGUGGAGUCUGUCCCCAAGGAUUCAGUGGUGACGGGAAAAUCUGCACACGAAACCAAGACCCUCCGGUCAAAGCAGUGACCACACCAGAAAGAGUACCGCAGGCUUCAUUGAGGCCCAAACCCCCGGCCCCGUCGCCAUGCUCCAGACGCCCGUGUCACCCGGGAGUUCAGUGUUUCCAGAGCACCCACGUCUCAGCGGGCUUCGUCUGUGGACCCUGUCCUCCCGGUCUCCAUGGAAACGGACGGACAUGCACAACAACAGGUCAGGGGACAGUCGCCGGUGGAGCAGAUGGCCAUAUUCGUAUCAUCAAAUCAAAUUCCAGCAAGGAAAUGACUCCCACCUCCUCCUCUUCUUCCUCUUCAUGGCCUCCCACCUCCCACAGACACCCCCCUGACAGGAGGACACCAGAAGCCACCGUCUCCAGUAUCAGGACAGGGUCCUCCAAUCACAGAAAGACCGCCGUCCACAGAGGUCAGCCCAGCGAGGCAGAGCUGAGCCCCGAUCUCACCACCGCCGUUAAAUGGGGGUCCCCAUCUCACCAUGUGACCUGUGCUGACUCUCCCUGCUUCCCUGGUGUUCCCUGUGAGCCCACCGCCACCGGGUCCUUCAGGUGUGGACGCUGCCCGUACGGCUUUACCGGAGAUGGAGUCACAUGCAAAGCUGUGUGCAGGUAUCAUUGUGGGAGGAACAUGGAGUGCACUCUGCCCAACACCUGCACCUGUAAGGAAGGCUACACCGGAUACAACUGUCAUAUUGCGGUGUGUCGACCUGACUGCAAGAACCAGGGGAAGUGUGUGAAACCUAAUGUGUGUGAAUGUCCUGCUGGCUACAGCGGGCCCACCUGUGAGGAAGCAAGCUGCGAGCCGCCUUGUCAACAUGGAGGCACCUGUCUGGCCAGAAACCUGUGUACCUGCUCCUAUGGCUACGUGGGACCCAGAUGUGGAAUCAUGGUGUGUAACAGGCACUGUGAAAAUGGAGGCGAGUGUGUUUCUCCUGAUGUCUGCAAAUGCAAACCUGGCUGGUACGGACCAACAUGUAACUCAGCUCUCUGUAACCCCGUCUGUCUGAAUGGAGGGACAUGCAUGAAGCCCAACAUCUGUGCCUGUCCCAGCGGCUUCUAUGGCUCCCAGUGUCAAAUCGCUGUAUGCAGCCCUCCGUGUAAGAAUGGAGGUCAGUGUAUGAGGAACAAUGUAUGCUCCUGCCCUGAAGGCUACAUUGGAAAAAGGUGUCAAAAGAGUGUCUGUGAACCGAUGUGCAUGAACAAAGGCAAGUGUGUGGGACCCAACACGUGCUCCUGUACGUCAGGAUGGAGAGGGAAGAGGUGCAACAUACCUGUCUGUCUGCAAAAGUGUAAAAAUGGCGGGGAGUGUUUGGGACCAAACACCUGCCACUGUCCCACCGGCUGGGAAGGCCUCCAGUGUCAAACACCGGUCUGUCCACAGCGGUGCCUGAACGGAGGAAGGUGUGUCCUUCCUGACUACUGCCACUGUCGGAAAGGCUACAAGGGCCUCACCUGCGCAAUAAAGGCGUCACAAGCAUGAUGGAAAAAGAAAUGGGAUGAAGGAAGCUACAAAAUGCACAAAGCAGGAAGAUAGUGUGUGUGUGUUGGUGGAUAUGUGUGGCUCUGUGUGCACAUAUGAAGGCCAACAGGGCGACUUGAUGUAUUGCACUUGUCUGUUCGUCCUUGUAUAUCACUACCUCAAGGCUCGCAGUAACACACAUCUGUUAGACGCAUCAGCAGAGACUUUAUACAGUUGUGCGAGUGUUACUGCACA